AUGGAAUGCCAAUCGCUAAUGCGUCAGUGCAGUGAGGAGAUGUCCGACAGCGUCGAAGAUGACGACGAGGAGACGCCGCUCGGCUUAUUGUCCUUCACCGGCGGCUGGGACCUGGAACAAGCCAUGGGAUUCAACGGCGAACCACCCAAGCUGAUUCGAUCCUGUGUGCAUCAGCUCGUCGAAGCCCAGGCGCACAAACAACCCGAUGCGCCUGCGAUCCACGCCUGGGACGGCCAGUUGACCUACGCAGAGCUGGAUUGCGCUGCCAAUAGGCUGAGCCAUCAUUUGGUCCAUGUCGCUGGCGUUCGCCCGGCCGACCUGGUCCACGUGUGCUUUGAGAAGUCUGUGUGGUUUUUCGUGUCGAUUCUCGCCAUCAACAAAGCUGGUGCGGCUUGGAUCCCGCUGGAUCCCUCACACCCUCUUCAACGUCAGCAACAGAUUGUCCAACAGACCCAAGCCCGUCUGGCCUUGGUUUCACCCUCCAAUGCCGCAACGCUCACCAGCUUGGUGGCAGAGGUCAUCGAGGUGACGCCUGCCCUUAAUCAGAAGCUGAUUGACGAUUUCGGGCUUGCCCCGCCUGCGCCCGAUGUUGCAGUUACUCCAGACCAUGCGGCAUAUGUUCUUUUUACCUCUGGAAGUACUGGUAUCCCGAAAGGCUUCGUUAUGGAGCACGGCUCUGUGUGUACAAGCCAAACUGCCAUCAGCAGCAGGCUUGGCCUGACAUCGAGUGUCAGGAUACUGCAAUUUGCUUCCUACGUCUUCGAUCUUUGUAUUGGAGAAAUUGUUGCUCCUCUGAUCUCCGGAGCUACCCUUUGUGUGCCAUCUGAAGACGCCCGUAUGAGCGGCCUGACUCAAUUCAUCAACGACACCAACGUCAACUGGGCCUUUCUCACCCCAUCAUUCGCACGGACAUUAAGGCCGGAGGACAUGCCCGGCCUUGAGCUUUUGUUGCUUACGGGAGAGGCUGUCGGGCGGGAUGUUUUCGAGACUUGGGUCGGGAAGCUACGCCUAGCAACCGGCUGGGGCCCUGCUGAGACCUGUGUGUUCAGCACCCUCCACGAAUGGAAGACAGCCGACGAGUCGCCGCAGACGGUCGGUAGAGCUGUGGGAGGCUUCUGUUGGAUCGUCGACCAAGAUAAUCCGCACAAGUUAUGCCCAACAGGUUGUGUCGGAGAGGUAGUUAUCCAGGGACCGACGCUGCUACGCGAAUAUCUGUCGGAUCCUGUCAGAACCGCCGCAGCGACUAUGACGGAACUGCCCAAAUGGGCACCGCAACAAACUUCGCCAUAUUGGAACCGAUUUUUCAAGUCCGGCGACCUUUGUUACUACAACGCCGACGGAACCAUCGAAUUCAUCAGCCGCAAGGACACGCAGGUCAAGAUUCGUGGCUUACGAGUCGAGCUCGGCGAAGUUGAGCAUCACCUUCGAGAGGCUCUCGAGGGAGUGAAACAGGUCGUGGUGGACGUUUUCAAAGGCGAGGCGGCAGUGAGCCUGAUUGCAUAUUACUGCAUGAGCGAUGAUAUGAAAGCCGCUGCUGGCGUCGAUCCCGACGCGGACAGCGUGCUCCUCCCGCUUACAACUGAACUCAAGGCGCAGAUGAUGGAUGCCAUGAGCCAGUUGAGCGUCAGCCUUCCUGACUAUAUGGUUCCCACGAUGCUCUUUCCAUGCAGAUACAUCCCAUCGAUUACAUCUACAAAGGUCGAUCGAAGCGGACUUGGUCGCAUGGCGACCACUCUUUCCCGCGACAAACUAGCGGAAUACUCGCUCGCAGAUAGCGAGAAGCGGGCGCCGGUUACGGAGAUGGAAGUACGGCUACAAGAGAUGUGGGCAACGACAUUAAAAAUCCCCGCAGAGUCCAUCAGCCGAGACGACAGCUUCCUUCGAAUUGGCGGUGAUUCUAUUACUGCUAUCCAGUUCGUCACCGCUGCAAGCCACGUCAGCUUGAAGAUUUCCGUCAAGGAUAUGUUUGCCGAUCCUCGAUUGUCGGUUGUCGCCACCAAAGUCACAGAACUCCAGGAAAAAGAGACCUAUGAGGUGGAACCGUUCGCAAUGCUACCCAACAGCGAGAUCGACACAUUCAAGUCAAUUAUCCGGGAAGACUGUGAUCUAUCCAGCGCACAGGAGAUCGAGGACGCCUACCCCUGCACCAGUGUUCAAGAAGCGCUGAUGGCGCUGGCCGUCAAGGAGCCAGGCUCCUAUAUUGCCAAAUACGUCUACGGCCUCCCUGCGAACACGGAUAUCGUCCAGUUCAAGGACGCCUGGAACAAGACGCUCGAGGCUUGCGGAAACCUGCGGACUAGGAUCGUGGCUCGGGAUGGAGUAUCGAUCCAGGCUGUAAUCCGCGAAGAACCCAUUUGGGAACCGACUGACGGUAUCGACGUGAAAUCCUUUAUGGACUCCGCAAAGUCUAUUGAGAUGCAAUAUGGUCUGCGAUUGUGCCGCUAUGCUAUCGUCACCGAAAAGAGCGGCCAGCGCUACUUUGUACUGAUUAUCCAUCAUGCCAUCUUUGAUGGAUGGAGCCUGAAUCUUGCGCUCGGAACUCUCUACGGCAUAUACAGAGGACAACAGAUACCAGAACUACAGCCAUACUCCGGAUUCAUCAACUACACAAAGCAGCUCGACCAAGACGCCGCUGAGCUGUACUGGGGGGCACAGCUCGAGGGAGCUCAACGAGCCACAUUCCCUCGCACUGAUACUGCACCGGACUCGAAACAGGCCCCCGACAAGCAGACCAACCGUGUUAUGAAGAAGGCCAUCUCGAUGACCAUGCCGAAAAAUAGCCCUGCCACCAAGGCGACGAUUCUUCGGGCGGCAUGGGCGAUGGUGCUUGCGCGGUAUUGUGACACUGAUAACGUCUGUUUCGGCGCAACAGUGUCUGGUCGACACGCGCCGGCCGCCGGUGUCGAUAUGAUGACGGGGCCUACGGUCGCAACUGUCCCAGUGCGGAUCCGUGUGGGCCAGCACCUCUCAGUCUCUGGCUAUCUCCAAGACGUUCAGAAGCAGGCGUCAGAGAUGGUGGCAUAUGAGCAAUUUGGCCUGCAGAACAUCUCCAGGCUCAGCCCCGAGGCGAAGGAGGCGUGCCAGCUAUCAAGUCUGAUGGUUAUCCAGCCCGUGCAGCAUAUCGCUUCUGAAGGCGUCGAGUCGGACGCGGUCCUCCAGGCUGCGGGCUCGGAGGUAUACGGAGACCAAGAUGCACUGGAGGGCUACUUCACGUAUCCGCUGGUCUUCCAGUGUUUGACCCACGAAGACAAAGUCGACCUGCUCUUUGCAUACAACCCGCAACUUGUACCUGAGGGCCAGCUCCAUGCGCUCUCCCACCACUUUGAGCAUGUCGUCCAGCAGCUGGCAAAGCCAGGCGAUGCACCCCUAGCCGGGAUAUCGAUUUCCAGUGACUGGGACUUGCAACAAUCCAUUCAAUGGAACACCGCCGAUGCUCUUCCAGUCAACGCCUGCGUGCACGAGCUGAUUUCUGAGCGCGCGAUUUUGGAUCCCGAUUCUGAGGCCAUUGCCACAUCCGACGGCAGUCUCACAUACGCUGAGCUAAACCGCUUGUCGUCUCUUCUAGCCACACAUCUUUCGCAGCUGGGCGUGUCACUAGAGAUGCCGGUUCCCUUCUGCUUCGAGAAGUCAUCGUGGGCAAUCGUUGCAAUGAUCGGCAUUAUGAAGGCUGGCGGUACAUUCAUUCCCGUCGAUCCCUCUCAUCCAGCAAGUCGCCGGCAGGCUAUUAUUGAGGAGGCCAAGGCUCAUUUUUUGCUGGUGUCACCGACAACAAAAGAGUCUUGCGAAGGCAUUGUGGAGAAUGUCAUCGAGUUGUCGGAUUCAUUGAUAACCAGCCUCUCUCCGACUAUCGAUGAUACCAUUUUUGCAAGGCCCGCGCCUUCAAAUGCAGCCUAUAUUUUAUUUACCUCGGGAUCGACAGGCAAGCCAAAGUCAUUCAUCGUGGAUCAUGCUGCUUUAAGCACCAGCACCGUCGGACACGGCAGAGCCUACAGCUUAAGCGGGGAAUCUAGAGUCUUGCAAUUCUCCAGCUUCAUAUUUGAUGUCAGCUUGAGUGAAAUCCUUGAGACUCUCGCAUUCGGAGGCACAGUCUGUAUACCAUCUGAUGUUGAACGACUACAAAAUAUCGCAGGCUUCAUCAACCAGACCAAGGUCAACACGGCGCUGUUGACAUCGACGUUCCUUAGGACGUUGAUCCCGGCUGAUAUCCCUUCGCUUAAGCUGCUGAUCUUCGUUGGCGAGGCGCCAGCGAGAGAUGUUCUGGAUACGUGGUACGACCACGUUACAGUGGCUAACGCCUACGGUCCAUCUGAAAUCUGCGUGUUUUGUUCUUCACAUGUAUACCAAUCGCCAGUCGAUGAGCCAGCCGCCACAAUUGGCCGUCCCUUUGGCUGUGCCGGUUGGAUUGUCGAAGCUGAUGACCACCAACGCCUCGCCCCUAUCGGAUGUACCGGAGAGCUUCUGGUGCAGCGGCAGAUGGCCCGGGGCUAUCUGAACAACGAAGAGAUGACCAACGCCGCAUUUAUUAAGAACGUGGCCUGGCUACCGCAAUCUUCGGCCCAAGACACGAGGCAAUUCUUCAAGACCGGCGACUUGGUGCGAUAUCGAUUCGACGGUACCAUGGAGUACCUUGGAAGGCGAGAUACGCAAGUCAAGGUUCGUGGCUACCGAGUUGAGCUUGGCGAGAUCGAGUACAACAUCAAGCAGGCUCUACCGAAUGUGGACUACGUUGCUGUUGACGUGUUUCAUCGUGAUUCUCGCGAGGCACUUGUCGCCUUUGUCAGUUUUAAGGAUCAAGAAACAAAGAACGACAGCUUGAAUCUCUCAGAGUGGCUUCUGUCAAUGGAUGAACCCCUCAAAAGCUCGUUCAGGAACCUCACUGAUGAUUUGAAGCGGGUGUUGCCGGCCUACAUGGUUCCGACUCUCUUCCUGCCUCUUCAAGCCAUGCCAUUCGGAGCCACGCUAAAGUUGGACCGGAAGAGACUUCGCGAACUUGUCAAUGCUCUGUCGCAGGAAAGGUUGAAUGAAUUCUCGCUCGGUAGCGAAGAGAAGAUGGACCCUACGACUGAGAUGGAGUUUACGCUACGGGAACUCUGGGCUCAGGUCCUCAAGAUCUCACCGGAGCAGAUUGGCAAGCACGACAGUUUCCUGCAGAUUGGCGGCGACUCCAUCACCGCAAUUCAGUUAUCUUCCCUGGCACAGCAGCACGGCAUUAAUCUGACGAUUUCUGAAAUCUUCGAGGAAUCGCGACUCAGCCGGAUGGCUGCCUACGCCAAGGGUGCCGAGGGCGUCAAGUCGUACGAAACCGAGCCUUUUGCUCUGUUGACAAGCGGCGAGCUCACGGCCAUCAAAUCGACCAUCAAAGAACAGUGCGGUCUCACGAGCGAGCAUGAUAUUGAGGAUGCUUACCCCUGCACCAGCAUCCAGGAAGGCUUGCUUGCCCUAACAGUCAAGCAGCCAGGAUCCUACACUGCCAAGAACGUCUAUCAUCUCCCAGAUCAUGUCGAUGUCGCACGCUUUACUGCUGCUUGGAAUCGAACGCUCGAAAUCUGCAGCAAUCUACGUACGCGGAUCGUGUGGCAGAACGGCACCUCUGUGCAGGCUACUAUUCGCGAAGAAGCCAAAUGGGAAGCCACAAAUGGUAUGGAUCUGCAGACCUUUAUGAAUGGAGCCGGGUCUUUGGAGAUGAAUUAUGGAACAAGACUGUGUCGCUAUGCCCUCAUCGCUGAGAAGGGUCAGCGGUACUUUGUGCUUGUUCUUCAUCACUCGAUCUUUGACGGCUGGAGCAUCAACAUUAUUCUGGGCACUCUUUACAGUGUGUACCAAGGUCAAUCUGUUCCAACUCUGCAGCCGUUUUCCAACUUCAUCAACUACACCACACAGCUGGACCAGGUUGCGUCUGGCGCGUACUGGAAGGAGCAGCUGCAAGGAGCCCAACGAACCACGUUUCCCAGGACGGACUUUGCCACGAGGCCAUCGAAAGUGGUCAGUAGGGUCAUGAAGACCUCAAUGCCAAUCCCGAAGGCGGCGAACGCUUCCAUCACCAAGGCGACAGCCCUUCGAGCAGCCUGGGCAAUGGUUCUUGCUCGAUACUGUGAUACCGAUGACGUCUGCUUCGGCACUACAGUAUCGGGUCGCCAGGCCCCUGUUCCUGGCGUGGAUAUGAUGACAGGGCCUACUGUGGUCACAGUGCCUGUGCGAGUACGCCUUGAGAAGGAAAAGCUCGUCUCAACCUACCUACAGGAUGUGCAGCGGCAGGCUUCAGAAAUGGUGGCAUACGAGCAGUUUGGUAUAAGACACAUUUCCAGCGUCAGCGAAGAAGCCAAGGAGGCCUGCGACUUCUCCUGCUUGCUGGUCGUGCAGCCAGUGCAGCAGAUAGUUGAAGCGAGGAAGACCGACGGCAGCGCCAUUCUUGCCCCGGCCACCUCCGAUGAUUACACCGAAGACGAGGAUGCAUACUACAGCUAUCCUCUCGUCUUAAUGUGCCUCACCUUCGAGGACCAUAUUGAACUUGAGUUUCUCUACCACGCCAACGUUGUGGACGAGUCGCAGCUCCACGCACUCUCCCAUCAGCUCGACCACGUUUUCCAGCAGCUCUACACGCAGGAUGAGAGCCAAGUUGGAUCCAUCUCUAUCGCUGGUGAUUGGGAUCUGCAAAAUGCGAUCAAGUCAAAUGAUGCUGAGCGCGAUGUUGUUAACGCCUGUCUGCACCAGCUUGUCUCAAAGCAAGCUCGAAUCCACCCCAACAACAUCGCCGUUGACGCGUGGGAUGGAAGACUUACAUAUGCACAGCUGGACCAGGCUGCAAAUAGGCUUGCCCACCUUCUCAUCGACGAUUACGGUGUGCAAUCAGGUGAUUUUAUCCAAGUUUGUUUUGAGAAAUCUGUCUGGUAUAUUGUUGCCAUUCUGGGUAUCAAUAAAGCUGGUGCCGCUUGGGUCCCUCUUGAUCCCGCGCACCCCCGUAUACGACAUCAACAGAUCGUUCAGCAAACAAACGCAAAGAUUGCAGUAGUUUCGUCUGCUAAUACUGCAUCAUGCGUGGGUCUUGUUCCGCACAUUGUGCCGUUAACACCGGCCUUGAACGACAAACUCGCGGCACGAUCGGAAUACUGGAGUGUACACCCACCCGCAACCGACGUCAAUCCGUCUCAUCCAGCAUACAUCCUCUUUACUUCCGGCACUACUGGCGUACCUAAGGGUAUAGUCAUGCAGCACCGUGCUCUUUGCACUAGUCAAUUGGCACUCGCGAAGAAGCUAGACAUUACACCUGACGUCAGACUGCUGCAAUUCUCUGCGUAUGUUUUUGAUGUCUCCGUUGGUGAAAUCGUCGGAGCCUUGGUAUCUGGAGCUUGCAUUUGCGUGCCUUCAGACCAUGACCGUAUGAAUGACCUGAAACGCUUUAUCAACACUAAGAACGUCAACUGGGCUUACAUCACUCCCACGUUUGCCCGUACGCUCAAGCCCGAUGACCUACCCAGUCUUAAGCUAUUGAUGCUAGCUGGUGAGGCUGUCAGUCAAGACGUCUUGGAGAUGUGGUUUGGCAGGGUGCGUCUUGUCAACGGGUACGGCCCUGCUGAGACUUGCGUGAUCACUUCGGUGUUUGAGUGGCAAUCCGUUAGUGAGUCGCCGGUGAACAUCGGAUCCCCGGUGGGUUGUUACUGGUGGGUCGUCGACGCGCAAGAUCCCCAGAAGCUGGUACCUACGGGUUGCAUUGGUGAAAUUGUUGUUCAGGGCCCGAAUUUGCUACGCGAAUACCUCGACGAUGCAGCCCGAACUCAAGAAGCCGUGGUGACCUCACUUCCACAGUGGGCGCCGCAGCGUACCGCUCCCAAUUGGAACCGGUUCUACAAGACAGGAGAUCUGGGCUACUUCAACACAGACGGCACAAUCGAGUACGUCGGCCGCAAAGACACGCAAGUCAAAAUUCGCGGUCUGCGCAUCGAAUUAAGCGAAAUCGAGCAAAACAUCCGCACCUGUCUUGAAGGAGUUCAGCAGGUUGUGGUGGAAGUGCUCAAGACCGAUGCCGGCUCAAACUUGAUCGCUUUCUUUUCGUUCAGUCAGGACAAGCGAGCCAGCCAAGAUGCCAGGUCCGAAGACGCCUUCCUCACACUCACGCCUGACUUGGAAAGCCAGCUCACUGCUAUGGUCGGACAGCUGCGGGUGUCGUUGCCCCAAUACCUGGUCCCAACUGUCUUCCUCCCUUGCACUUAUUUGCCGUUCACAACAUCAGGCAAGCUGGAUCGUAAGGUACUUCGCAACUUAGUAUCAGCGCUCGGCACGGACAGAUUAACUGAGUAUGCGCUCGCUGGUGGAAAGAAGCGAGCACCAGAAACCCCAAUGGAGACCCAGUUGCAAAGUGUAUGGUCAGAGGUGCUCAGGGUCUCGGUUGAUUCUAUCGGUCGCGAUGACAGCUUUAUGGCACUUGGUGGCGAUUCGAUUACCGCCAUCCAGUUAGUCACUCUUCUUCGCGACCAAGGGAUGAUGAUUACUGUUAAUGACAUCUUUACGGACCCGCGACUGUCAGCUGUUGCAGCUAAGGUCUCGGAUUCGGAUGGAACAUUGACAUACGAGUCCGAGCCGUUCGGCAUACUUCCAAGUGGCGAUGUCGAGGCAACCAAGUUGACUAUACAAGACCAGUGCGGGCUCGAAAGUACGGAAGUCAUCGAGGAUGCCUACCCUUGCACCAGCCUUCAAGAAGGACUGAUGGCACUGGCGGUCAAGCAGCCGGGAUCCUACAUGGCGAAGUAUGUGUAUUCUCUUCCCGCUGAUCUUGAUGUACCUCGGUUCAGAGGUGCGUGGGCUCAGACGGUGGAACUCUGCACCAACCUGCGUACACGGAUCGUGGUACAGGACGGACUUUCGGUUCAAGCUGUCAUCCGCGAACCAGCAAAGUGGGAAUCGUCGGACGACAGUGAUCUAAGCUCCCUUAUGCAUCCAUCAGAUCCCAUAACAAUGCGGUAUGGGUCUCGACUUUGCCGAUAUGCCCUUGUCACCGAAAACAACAAGGCAUAUUUUGUCCUCAUCAUCCACCAUGCCGUCUUCGAUGGUUGGAGCUUGAACAUCAUGCUGGGUACGUUGCAUAGCCUCUACUGGGGGCACUCGAUUCCCAAAUUGAUGCCCUAUUCUGGCUUCGUCAACUACACUACCCAGUUUGAUCAUGCUGCAGCCAAGUCAUACUGGAGUGCCCAGUUGGACGGAGCCCAGCGCGCCACGUUCCCGAAGACGGAUAUUAGACCAACAAAGGCGAAAUCAGUCAGCCGCGUCGUCAAAGAGACAAUUCCGUUUGCGAAGUCAACAGAUGAUUCGAUUACGAAGGCCACGAUCAUCCGAGCCGCGUGGGCGAUGGUCCUCGCCCGAUACUGCGAUAGUGAUGAUGUUUGCUUUGGUACGUCAGUGUCUGGCCGUCACGCGCCAGUUCCAGGUGUCGAUACUAUGGCUGGACCGGCUGUGGCAACGAUCCCUAUCCGAGUGAGACUAGACCAGGAGCAAUCAGUCUCGACGUUGCUACAAGGCAUCCAACAACAGGCCUCGGAGAUGGUAAAAUAUGAGCAAUAUGGAAUGCAGAACAUUUCGAGGAUCAGCCAGGACACCAAAGAAGCCUGUGACUUCUCUAGCCUGCUGGUUGUGCAACCUGUUCAGCACAUGUCAGCGUCCAAUGACGCACAACCUCUGCUUUCGGCCGGUCCCGAGAUGUACAAGGACGAGGAAGCAGUUGAUGGUUACUUCACAUACCCAUUGGUCCUCCAAGCUUUUACUCACAAUGAUCAUGUUGAAUUGGUCCUCAUCUUCAACCCCGAGAUCAUUCCGGAGGCACAACUUCUAGCGCUGGCACAACACUUUAAUUCCGCCGUCCAGAGCCUGCUUCAAACCACUGCGGCGCCUCUGCGCGACAUCUCGAUUUCCAGCGACUGGGACCUAGGAAAAGCCCUCGAUUACAACGUUGAGGACCCGGAAAUCAUUCGCUCUUCGGUGCAUCAGCUCGUCGAGCAACAGGCACAGCUACGGCCCAACGCUGCGGCUAUCCAUGCCUGGGACGGUCAGCUAACAUAUUCUCAACUGAAUAUGGCUGCAAACAGGUUGGCUCACCACCUAAUUGAUGUUCUCGGAGUCCGAGUUGGCGAUCUAGUGCAUACCUGCUUCGAGAAAUCCGUGUGGUUCUUUGUCGCAAUGCUCGCCAUCAACAAAGCAGGUGCUGCUUGGGUUCCGCUAGACCCCUCACACCCGAUCCAACGCCAGCAGCAGAUUGUACAGCAGACGCAAGCCAGCUUGAUAUUAGUCUCGUCCGCCAAUGUUAAGAAGUGUGCUGGCUUGUUGCCCGAAUUGCUAGAGGUCUCAGGUACCCUAGACGAAUGGCUCACGACUCAACGAGGAUCCCCACCAUCGCCGGCUUCUGACGUUACUCCGGACCACGCGGCAUAUGUUCUCUUUACUUCCGGAAGUACGGGAACUCCUAAGGGCCUUGUGAUGCAGCAUUUUGCUGUCUGUACUAGCCAAACAGCUAUCCGGAAAAGGCUACGCUUGACGCCAUCUGUCAGGAUACUGCAGUUCGCCUCAUUUGUGUUCGAUCUCUGCAUUGGUGAAAUCAUUGGACCUUUGAUUGCUGGUGCUACACUAUGCGUUCCCUCCGAGGAGAUGCGCAUGAACGGCCUCAAAGAUUUUAUCCGGGAUCAGCAGAUCAACUGGGCCUUCCUCACUCCGGCCUUUACACGCACUCUGCAACCGGACGAUGUUCCUGGUCUGGAGCUGCUGCUGCUGGCAGGUGAAGCUGUGGGUCAGGACAUCCUCGACACCUGGUUUGGAAGGGUCCGUCUUAUCAAUGGAUGGGGACCUGCAGAGACUUGUGUGUUUAGCACUCUCCACGAAUGGGCUUCAACAUCUGAAUCCCCCCUCACAGUCGGUCGGCCGGUGGGCGGUUUCUGCUGGGUUGUUGACCCGGCUGAUCCUCAAAAGCUAGCCCCGACAGGCUGUGUGGGCGAGGUGAUGAUCCAAGGACCAACUCUCCUACGUGAAUAUCUCGCAGAUCCAGAUAGGACCGCAGCUUCUUCUGUCACAUCACUACCACAGUGGGCGCCGCGUCGCGAAUCGCCGUAUUGGAAGCGAUUCUUCAAAUCUGGGGAUCUCUGCUUCUAUAAUUCAGAUGGCACGAUCGAAUUCGUCAGCCGUAAGGAUUCACAGGUCAAGAUUCGUGGCCUCCGUGUGGAGCUCGGCGAGGUUGAGCAUCAUUUGCGCACAGCCCUCCCAGACGUCAAGCAAAUCGUUGUGGAUGUUCACAGAGGCGACGCUGGUACCAACCUCGUUGUGUACUACUGUUUCGAAGAUGACACUCGCACGGGAUCCAAUCUCGACGCUGGCAGCAUCUUUCUCCCACUUACGGGCCAGCUCAAGGACCAAAUUACUGCCGUUGUGGGCCAGCUCAGUGUGACGCUUCCUAGUUACAUGGUUCCGACAAUCUUCUUCCCCUGCCGAUUUAUGCCAUCAAUUACAUCAACGAAGUUGGAUAGAAACGCACUUAAGAAGUUGACAGCCACCCUUACCCGGGAAGAAUUAGCAAAGCAGUCGCUCGCAGACGGCGAAAAACGCGCCCCCGCAACACCCAUGGAAGUUCGCCUGCAACAGAUCUGGGCUACGAUUCUAAAGAUCCCGACCAGUUCAAUUGGCAGGGACGACAGUUUCCUUCGUCUUGGUGGCGACUCAAUUACAGCUAUCCAAUUCGUGACAGUGGCAAGCGACGCUGGCCUGGCCAUUACGGUCAAGGACUUAUUCGCUGAUCCCCGGCUGUGGGCUGUGGCAGAGAAAGUCGUCGAGGGCGAGGUCACGUCAUAUGAGGCAGCACCAUUUAGCAUGCUGCCGGAUGGUCGAGUCGAGUCUCUCAAAUCCACAGUCCAAGCUGAGUGCAACCUUGCGAGUGUCGAUGAAGUUGAGGACGCCUAUCCUUGUACGAGUCUCCAGGAAGGCCUUAUGGCUCUAGCAGUCAAGCAACCAGGUUCGUAUAUUGCGAGGUAUGCAUACCGCCUUCCUGAUGAAGUCGAUACCGGCCGCUUCAAGAUGGCGUGGAACCAAACCGUCGAACAAUGCGGGAACCUACGGACAAGAAUCGUAUCACAAGACGGUACCUCGAUCCAAGCCGUCAUUCGCGAAAAAGCGAUGUGGGAGCCUACCGAUGACCUUAGUCUUCGUGAUGUCAUGGAAAGCACGAAGAAGGUCAGAAUGGAGUACGGCUCGCGACUAUGUCGAUACGCUCUUAUAACCGACCCUAGCGGCCAGGAGUAUUUCGUCCUGAUAAUUCACCAUGCUGUAUUUGACGGCUGGAGCUUGAACAUCGUCCUUGGAACCCUAUACAAUCUCUAUCACGGCGAAUCGGCCCCAACCUUGCAGCCGUACUCCAGCUUUAUCAAUUACACCACCCAGCUCGAUCAUGCCGCAGCCAGCGCAUAUUGGAUGGAACAACUGAACGGCGCUCAGCGAGCUAUGUUUCCACUGACGGAUCCCACACACCCGGCCGAGCCAGCGAGUCAAGUCAUGAACAUGAAGAUUCCAUUCUCUGAGUCUUCCAACAGCUCAAUCACGAAAGCAACUGUCCUUCGUGCUGCAUGGGCUACAGUCCUUGCGCGCUAUUGCGAUACUGACAAUGUCUGUUUUGGCACGGCUGUUUCUGGGCGUCAUGCCCCAGUCUCCGGGAUUGACAGGAUGGCUGGACCGGCUGUAGCUACAGUACCAGUACGAGUACAUCUGGACCGUCAAAAGACCAUCUCCAGUUUCCUUCACGGUAUCCAAAAGCAAGCAUCCGACAUGGCGACUUACGAACAAUUUGGUCUCCACAACAUCUCCAGGCUCGGCCGUGAUAUUCAGGAAGCCUGCGACUUUACGAGCUUGUUGGUUAUCCAGCCAGUGGAACAUGUAACCUCCGGAGGCGACGAGAACAAGCCCAUGCUGCUUCCAGUCGGCUCGGAUGAGUACGAAAAUGAAGAGUCGUUACAGGGCUACUUUACAUACCCACUGGUUCUGCAAGCAUUGACACAUGGGGACCAUGUCGAACUGAUGCUCAUCUAUAACCCUGCUGUCAUCCCUGAGCAACAGCUGCGGACGUUCUCGCAACAUUUCGAGCAAGCGGUCAAGCAGCUACAAGCUCCGGGCGAUGCUCUGAUGGAUACCGUAACUCUUGCCAGUGAGUGGGAUCUGAAGAAAGCCAUCGAGUUCAAUCCGGAAGAUCCCAAGAUCAUCGAAGCCUGCGUGCACCAGCUUGUUGAGAUACAGGCGCGACGCCAGCCCAAUGCGCCAGCUAUUCACGCUUGGGACGGCGAGUUAACGUACUCUCAAUUGGAUAGUGCUGCUAAUCGCUUGGCCUGCUAUCUCGUCGAUGCCAUCGGUGUCAAGCUGGGUGAUCUUGUUCAUCUCUGCUUUGAGAAGUCGGUCUGGUUCUUUGUCUCACUGCUAGCUGUCAAUAAGGCCGGUGCCGCAUGGGUCCCGUUGGAUCCAUCCCACCCAGCACAGAGGCAGCGACAGAUCGUGGGACAGACUAAAGCCACUCUCGCCCUUACAUCGCCAGCCAAUUUCGCCAGAUGUGCUGAGCUGGUGCCAAGUGUGAUAGAGGUCAUGUCUGAACUCGACCAGGAGUUGAUGGAGGAGUUUGGCCGCGAUCCCCAGCCACCUGUCGUGGCCGUUUCCCCAGAUCAUGCCGCCUAUAUCCUGUUUACAUCAGGCAGCACAGGAACUCCAAAGGGUCUUGUCAUGCAGCAUGGUGCCGUUUGUACCAGUCAGACAGCUAUUGGAAAGAGGCUCGGUCUUACCUCUGAGGUUAGGAUCUUGCAGUUUGCUUCCUUUGUCUUUGACCUGUGCAUCGGUGAGAUCAUCGCACCAUUACUGUACGGAGCCGCAUUGUGCAUUCCAUCCGAGGAGACCCGUAUGAGUGGCCUAAAGGACUUUGUCAACGAGACCAAGGUCAACUGGGCCUUCCUGACCCCCUCAUUUGCGCGCACUCUCCAGCCUGCAGAUUUACCCGGACUGGAGCUGUUGCUGCUUACAGGUGAAGCUGUCGGACGGGAUGUCUUCAAGGCCUGGGUUGGAAAAUUGCGACUAAUUACUGGCUGGGGUCCUGCAGAGACGUGUGUUUUCAGCACCUUGCACGAAUGGAAGACAGCAGAGGAGUCGCCGCAAACUGUCGGCCGGCCGGUCGGAGGCUACUGUUGGAUCGUUGACCCGGAUGAUCCUCAGCAACUUGCUCCAACGGGGUGUAUUGGCGAGGUGGUCAUUCAAGGCCCUACUUUACUCCGCGAAUAUCUUGCAGACCCAACUAGGACCCAGGCAUCAACCGUUGCUUCGCUUCCUGGAUGGGCUCCCCGCCGGUCCCUACCCCGCUGGAACCGGUUCUUCAAGUCAGGAGAUCUUUGCUAUUACAACCAAGACGGUACUAUUGAGUUCGUUAGUCGAAAGGAUACCCAGGUCAAGAUUCGCGGCCUUCGUGUCGAGUUGGGCGAGGUCGAACAUCACAUACGCGCAUCCCUAGGGACAGCACGCCAAGUCGUCGUGGAAGUGUUGAAGACCGACACUGGAACGAACCUUGGAGCGUACAUUUGCUUCACUGACGAUACUCACCGGGGCACUGUUACCGCAGAGAGCAUUUUCCUUCCAGUUACUCCUGAGUUGAGGAACCAGUUGAUGGCUCUGGUAGGCCAAUUGACCGUGACCCUGCCGAGCUACAUGGUCCCAACAAUGUUCUUCCCCUGCAAGUUCAUGCCCUCUAUUACUUCGACCAAACUGGACCGAGGUGGGCUCAAGCGUCUGACAGCAUCACUCAGUCGAGACUCUUUAGCUGGGUUCUCACUUGUCGAUGGUGAGAAACGCGCACCAGCAACGCCCAUGGAAGCCCGUCUCCGAGACAUAUGGGCGACAGUCCUUAAAACGCCUGCUGCUUCUAUUGGACGCGAUGAUAGCUUUUUGCGUAUUGGUGGCGAUUCUAUUACAGCUAUUCAAUUUGUAACAGCUGCGCGAGAAGCCGGCUUGGCUAUUACGGUCAAGGACAUUUUCACCGAUGCUCGGUUGUCUGCCAUUGCUGCUACAGUCACCGAAACCGACGACAUAGAGCCAUCCGAGUCUGUACCGUUCUCUCUAUUAGCAGAUAUCGACGUCGAAGUUGUCAAGUCGACCGUCCGAGAAAUCUGCGAAUUGUCAAGUGGGCAGGAUAUCGAAGAUGCUUAUCCUUGCACAAGUCUCCAAGAAGGCCUCCUCGCUCUAGCGGUCAAGCAGCCCGGCUCGUACAUCGCCAAGUACGUCUAUCGUCUGCCUGAUUCUAUCGAUCGAGCUCGCUUUGAAGAGGCUUGGAGUCAGACCGUCAAUAUCUGCAGCAACUUGCGUACGAGAAUCCUGCUCCAAAAUGAACACUCGAUCCAAGCUAUUAUUCGAGAAAAGGCAACGUGGGAGUCAACACAAGGACUCGACUUGCGAUCCUUUAUGGAUACUAUGAUGACUGUCAAGAUGGAAUAUGGGUCGCGGCUAUGCCGCUACGGUUUCGUUGCUCAAGAAACCGGCGAGCGUUACUUUGUGCUAAUGAUCCACCACGCUGUAUUUGAUGGCUGGAGCUUGAAUAUUGCACUUGGUACAUUGUAUGGUAUCUUCGCCGGGCAGCCCGUCCCAGCACCACAGCCGUACUCCGGGUUCAUCAACUACAUCCAGCAACUUGACCAAGAUGCAGCCAACGAUUAUUGGACCGAGCAGCUGGAAGGAGCUCAACGUUCUAUCUUCCCGAGGGUCGAUCUUGCGGCAGACUUGAAGCCGGCUAGCCGCAUUAUGAAGCACAAGAUCUCAUUUGACUCUACAAGCAACGAUUCAGUCACAAAGGCGACAAUCCUACGUGCCGCAUGGGCGGUAGUCCUAGCGCGGUAUUGCGACUCUGACGAUGUCUGCUUCGGCACGACAGUAUCCGGUCGCCAUGCUCCGGUUCCAGGCGUUGAUAGAAUGGCCGGACCGGCUGUUGCUACUAUUCCGGUCCGUGUCCGACUAGACAGCCAGAAGGGGGUUGCAGACUUCUUGGAGGGGAUCCAACAACAAGCUGCAGAUAUGGUCGCAUUCGAGCAGUUUGGUCUACGAAAUAUCUCCAAGGUUAGCCAGGCGGCCAAGGAAGCUUGCGAUUUCUCCAGCUUGCUUGUCAUUCAACCUGUGCAGCACAUGACUGCCAAAGAUGAAUCCGUGGGAGCCGAUCCUCUGCUCUCGGCUGGCCCAGACUCCUUCAAGGACGAGGAGGCCGUCGAAGGCUACUUUACUUACCCGCUGGUCCUGCAAUGUUUCACACACAAAGACCACGUCGAACUACUUCUCAUCUUCAACCCCAACGUCAUAACCGAAUCUCAAUCACAGACCUUGUCGUAUCAUUUCGACCGUGCUGUUCAACAGCUGCUAUUGCACCGAGACGAUGCGCUCUUGGACAAGAUAUCCAUCGCCAGCGACUGGGAUUUGAAGAUGGCACAAGACUACAACCCGGAAGAGCCCCAGAUUAUCCAAACAUGCUUCCACCAGCUCGUCGAAUUGCAGGCAAUGUAUCAACCCAAGGCCUCUGCUAUUGAGGCUUGGGAUGGUCAAUUAACAUACGCCCAAUUGAAUGGAGCAGCAAACAGGCUGGCUCACCACCUACGAGAUACUUUCGGGGUUCAGACAGGAGACUUUAUUCACGUCUGCUUUGAAAAGUCUGUCUGGUUCUUUGUGGCUAUUUUGGCCGUCAAUAAAGCAGGCGCCGCGUGGGUGCCUCUAGACCCCUCGCAUCCACUCCAGCGCCAGCAGCAGAUUGUCAAGCAAACUGGCGCCCGUCUGGCUCUCUCAUCGCCCGCCAACGCAAAGAGAUGCGCCAGCCUUACACCGCUGGUAGCGACUGUGACCUCUGCGCUUAAUGAGCAGCUUACAGCCGAGCGAGGGUCCCCAAUUGCGCCGGUGUGUGGUGUCACUCCGGAUCAUCCAGCCUAUGUAUUGUUCACCUCUGGAAGUACGGGGACGCCUAAGGGUCUCGUCAUGCAGCACGGUGCUCUUUGCACUAGCCAGACAGCUAUUGCCAAGCGGCUCAGGUUGACGUCGAAGGUCAGGAUCCUCCAGUUUGCGUCCUUCGUCUUUGAUCUCUGUAUCGGCGAGAUCAUUGGCCCUUUGCUUACGGGCGCCACUCUGUGUGUGCCUUCCGAAGAAGUGCGAAUGAGUGGUAUUAAGGAGUUCGUCAAUGAGAUGAAGAUCAAUUGGGCUUUCCUGACGCCCUCUUUUACACGGACCUUGAAGCCGACAGAUAUGCCUGGGCUCGAGCUUCUUCUACUUACUGGCGAGGCUGUUGGCAGGGAUGUCUUUGAAGUUUGGGUCGACAAACUACGUCUUGUUACGGGCUGGGGACCUGCGGAAACCUGCGUUUUCAGCACCCUCCAUGAAUGGAAGUCGGUAGCGGAAUCACCCCAGACUGUGGGCAAACCGGUUGGUGGUUAUUGCUGGAUCGUUGACCCGCAAGACCCCCAAAGGCUCGCCCCAACAGGGUGUAUUGGAGAAGUCGUUAUCCAAGGUCCAACCUUGCUCCAGGAGUAUUUGGCAGACCCUGUCCGGACUGCCGCAAGCACUGUGACCAAGCUCCCAUCCUGGGCACCACACAACACGUUGCCAAACUGGAACCGGUUCUUCAAGUCCGGCGACCUGUGCUAUUACAAUCAUGAUGGCACUAUUGAGUUCGUGAGCCGCAAAGACACGCAGGUCAAAAUUCGCGGCCUUCGUGUGGAGUUGGGCGAGGUCGAACAUCACCUUCGCGCCGCAUUGCCAAAUGUGCGACAAGUCGCGGUCGACCUCUUCCAGGGAGAAUCAGGAGCCAGUUUGGCUGCAUAUUUCUGCUUCAGUGACGAGACCCGUACAUCAACCGGAGGCGCCGAGUCAGGCACUGACAGCAUCCUGCUGCCGCUCACAGAUGAUAUUAAGAGUCAAAUCACAGCAGCUAUCGGUCAUCUAUCUGUCACUCUGCCUAGCUAUAUGGUGCCGGCAAUCUUUUUCCCUUGCCGGUACAUGCCUUCAAUCACAUCGACCAAGUUGGACAGAGGAAGUUUAAAGCGAUUGGCAGCAACACUUAGCCGGGAGUCGCUGGCCAAGUACUCCCUCGCAGAGGGCGAAAAACGAGCUCCUACAAUGCCUAUGGAAGUGCGUGUCCAACAGGCAUGGUCAACAAUCCUGAAGAUUCCCACGGAACAAAUUGGCCGGGACGAUAGCUUCUUCCGAAUUGGCGGCGAUUCUAUUACCGCCAUCCAGUUCGUGACUCUCGCAAGAGAGGCAGGCUUGACGAUUACUGUCAGGGACAUUUUCACCGAUCCUCGACUAUCAGCCGUAGCCGCCAAGGUCGUCGAAGACGAAGGGGCGACGUUUGAAGUACAGCCUUUCAGUCUGUUAUCGAACACUUCUCCCAGCGCAAUCCAGUCUAGUGUCCGCGACGAGUGCCAUCUCUUGAGCAACCAGGACGUCGAGGACGCUUAUCCUUGCACGAGUCUCCAGGAAGGUCUCAUGGCUCUGGCCGUCAAGCAGCCUGGUUCAUAUACCGCCAAGUAUGUCUACCAGCUUGCUGAUAAUAUCGACACUGCUCGUUUCAAGGCAGCCUGGAACCAGACAUUAGAGCAUUGCAGUAACCUGCGCACAAGGAUUGUGGUCCGAGAUGGUGUUGCUGUCCAGACUAUCGUCAAAGAACAGGCUGUCUGGGAACCCACAGUUGAUGGCGCUGAUCUAAACUCCGCCAUGACCUCUGCAAAGACAAUCCACAUGCAGUACGGAUCGAGGCUCUGCCGAUAUGGUCUCGUUAUCGAUCGAAGCGGUCGACGAUUCUUUACGUUGAUUGUUCAUCACGCGAUCCUCGACGGCUGGAGCUUAAACUUGGUACUGGGUGUUCUCUCGACCCUUUACCAGCGAGCACCAGUUCCGGCAUUGCUGCCAUACUCUAGCUUUGUUAACUAUACAAUUCAAGUUGACGAGGCUGCGACCAAGUCAUACUGGGCAUCGCAGUUGGCUGGAGCACAACGCGCUGUCUUUCCUCGCACCACCAUGUCGGCUGACUCCAAACCGGUCAGCUGUAUCAUGAAGACAAGCACACUGUUCCCCAAGUCAAUGGACACCUCCACCACGAAAGCCACCAUCGUGCGCGCCGCAUGGGCGAUAAUGCUGGCCCGGUAUUCUGACACCGAUGACAUCUGCUUCGGUACAACAGUUUCUGGCCGCCACGCCCCUGUACCCGGCGUGGAUAGCAUGCCUGGGCCGACGAUCGCGACAGUUCCGGUCCGAUUGCGGCUUAACAAACAGGAGCCGUUGUCAAACCUCCUCCGAGACAUUCAGCAACAAGCCUCAGGGAUGGUCGCAUAUGAGCAAUUUGGCCUCCGAAAUAUCGCCAAUAUUAGCCCAGAAGCCAAGGAAGCCUGCAACUUCUCAAGUUUGCUCGUCAUCCAACCGAUGCAACAGAUGGCUUCGGGAGAUGGCACAGAUGACGCCAUUUUCGUUCCCAUCAACCCUGACGCUUAUGAUGCAGGUCAAUCGCUCGAGGGAUAUUUCAGUUAUCCCCUUGUCGCCUUGUGCAUGAUAUAUGGCGACCGCGUCGACGUGGACCUUGUCUAUGACUCCACUGUCGUGACCGAGUCGAUGCUCGAGGCAUUUUCUCAUCAGUUUGACCACGUUAUCAAUCAGCUGUGCACGCAAGAGCAGAAGCUUCUUGAUGACGUGAACGUUGCUAGUUCCUGGGAUCUGCAAAAAGCAGUAGAUUGGAACCAACAUGACAGCGACUUGGUCAUUGCCGAUGCCUGCCUUCACCGACUCGUCGAGGAACAAGCGCAGCGCCGGCCAGAUGAUCCCGCUGUUUCUGCAUGGGACAUGGAACUUACCUAUGACCAACUCAACAAGGCUUCAAACAGAGUUGCUCACCUUCUCAUCAAUGGCUUUGGCGUUACGCCAGGCGACCUCAUCCACGUAUGCUUCGAGAAGUCGGGUUGGUAUAUUGUCGCUAUACUAGCCAUCAACAAAGCAGGUGGCGCCUGGGUUCCUCUCGACCCAGCGCACCCUACUUCACGCCACAAGCAGAUUGUGGAGCAGACGGGUGCAAAGAUUGCCAUAACCUCGCCGACUUAUGCCGAUAUAUGUGGUAACUUGGUGCCAUAUGUCAUCGAGUUGUCGACAGCCUUGGACAAGAAGCUAGAGAAACGAUCGAAGAGACUGAGCAUGCGCCCACCAGCAGGAUAUGUCUCGCCUGCCGACCCAGCCUACGUCCUCUUCACUUCCGGCACUACUGGUGUUCCCAAGGGCUUAGUGAUGCAGCACCGCGCUGUCUGUACUAGCCAGCGGGCAAUCAGUAGGAGACUUGGGAUCCAACCAGGCGUCAGGAUGCUGCAAUUUUCUGCACAUGUCUUCGAUGUGUCUGUGGGCGAAAUCGUAGGCGCCUUGAUUUCCGGUGCCUGUGUCUGCGUUCCGUCUGACCACGACCGAAUGAACAACAUAAAGGAAUUCAUUGUCAAUAAGGAUGUCAACUGGGCAUUCCUUACGCCUUCUUUCGCACGCACGAUUAGGCCUGAAGAUGUUCCUUGCCUCAAGCUCCUGCUAUUAUGUGGCGAAAAGAUUGCCCAAGAUGUAUUUGACACAUGGUAUGGCAAGGUGCGCCUCAUCAACGGAUGGGGACCUGCAGAGACUUGCGUCUUCAGCGGUCUCCACGAAUGGACGUCACCAACCGACUCUCCGCUCACAGUUGGGCGGCCCGUCGGAUGUUCAUGGUGGAUCGUGGACCCUCAAGACCCAACCCGGUUGGUGCCCAAUGGCUGCGUCGGCGAGAUGGUUAUCCAGGGCCCAACUUUGUUGCGCGAAUACCUCGCAGAUCCGACUUCGAACGCGAAAGCUCUAGUGACUUCACCAGAGUGGGCGCCGCAGCAUACAUCACCUCAUUGGAGUCGAUUUUACAGGACUGGAGAUCUCGGAUUCUACAACCAUGACGGUACAGUCGAGUUUGUCGGUCGCAAAGACACACAGGUCAAGAUCCGGGGUCUGCGCAUUGAGCUUGGUGAAGUGGAGGAACACAUUCGUACUGCUCUGCCGGGUAUCAAGCAACUUACCGUCGACGUUCUUGAGACCGAUCGUGCUCCAACCCUCGUCGCCUAUUUCUCUUUCAGCGAUAAGAGCCGGGCCAUCAGUCCCGACUCUGAGGGAGACUCUGAGGGAGCCUUCAUCCCUCUCACGCGCGAUUUGGAAAGCCAAGUAACUACCAUGGUCGGACAACUUCAUGUAUCCUUGCCUCAGUACAUGAUCCCGACAGUUUUUAUCCCUUGCAGCUACUUCCCUUUCACCACUUCUGGAAAACUGGACCGUAAGGGACUUCGUACCAUGGCAGAUACUCUGACACCGUCAGAAAUGGCCAGCUACGCACUGAUUGGCAGCAAGAAGCGAGCUCCCGAGACCGACAUGGAAGCUAAGUUGCAGGCACUUUGGUCUGACAUUUUGAAGAUACCUACGGAAUCCAUUGGCCGAGACGAUAGCUUCAUGUCACUUGGUGGUGAUUCUAUUGCUGCGAUCCAAUUGGUUGCUCUAGCUGGCGAGCAAGGGAUCUCUCUUACCGUCGCUGACAUUUUCAAGGACCCUCGCCUGGUUCAAGUCGCAGCUGGAGCUUCUCUCUCAGGAAAUGAACAGCAAUUAUUGACCAUGGAACCCUGGGCCAUGAUUCCCAAGGACACGCGCUCUGAAGUCCUCCGAGAGGCCAGCAAGCAGUGUCAAGUCGACUCGUACUUGAUUGAGGAUGGUUUCCCAUGCACACCAUUGCAGGAGGGUCUGAUUGCACUUGCCGAGAAGCAGCCUGGCUCUUACAUGGCACGCUUCGUUCUUGAGCUUCGCAAGGACGUCGAUCUCAUCCGCUUCAAGUCUGCCCUACAAGCCACACUAUCAGCGUGCGCCAAUCUACGUACGCGGAUUAUCCUCUCUACACGGGGCAUGAUGCAGGUUGUGUUGGACGAGGAGGCCACCUGGCGCGAUGUUGAAGGAUCUUCGCUUUCCGAAGUCCUGAAAUUACCGAUGGUUCACGUGGGCUAUGGAACUCCUCUGUCCUAUUUCAUGCUCGCUUCCACAAAGGGCCGCAGUCACCUAGUGUGGGACAUGCAUCACUCCAUUUACGAUGGAUGGACGCUUGGAUGUAUGCUUAGCAUUCUCCAGAGCUCUUAUGAUGGCCAGGAGCAUUUCAAGCCUCUUCUGCUCAGUCACUACGUCCAUUACGCGCUGUCGUCCAACGCAGAUGAUAGACGACGCUUCUGGCUCUCACAACUCGAGGGAGCGAACACGGCCAAGUUUCCGGACGACCGCACUACCCUUUCCGAGACAAGCUCCCCGAAGUUGUUCACCAGCGACAUCCACAUCCCCGAGCACCGCACCGCCAAUAUCACAACAUCAAGCCUUUUGCGCGCUGCUUGGGCAAUCGUCCUCGCCAAGUAUCUGGAGACUGACGAUGUUGUCUUCGGAAGCACCGUCUCUGGACGUAACGCGCCUGUUCCGGGCAUGCAGGCAAUCCUCGGACCAACAAUCGCCACCGUUCCUGUGCGUGUCCGCGUGGGUCCCGCGUCUACAAUCGCGCAGUUCUUGUCUACUGUGCAAGAGCAAGCAAACGACAUGAUCCCCUUCGAAUACACUGGCUUGCAGAACAUUUCCAAGCUCAGCAACACGGCUCGGGAGGCAUGUGACUUCCAGAAUCUCUUGAUCAUCCAGCCAUCUAUGAAGGUGGAAGCAGGGGCAGAAUCGGCGUUCGAGCUUAUCGACACCGAUGUACCUGGCACAAAGACCACAAACGAGAGCUACGAUACCUACCCGCUCGUUUUCCAGUGUGUACUAGGCGAAAAUGGAGGCAUAACCAUUACCGUCAACUACGAUGCUCAGCGGGUUUCGUCAGAACAGAUCCAGUGGAUGUGCAAGCAUUUCGAACAUGUGGUUGCUCAGUUGGUCACCAAGGAUACAAGCCUGCCUCUCUCGCAAGUCGACCUUUUCAGCCCCCACGACGUGAAGCAAAUUCACAUGUGGAACAACAACAAGAUACCGGAGGCCGUCAAUGCCUGCGUUCACGACCUCAUCUCAAAGCAAGCUUCCCGCCAUCCCAACCGUGAGGCCAUCUUCUCGAUUGCGGGAAGUCUCACCUACGGUCAGCUGGAUCGAAUCUCGACCCAGCUUGGCAUUCACCUAUCCCAAAUGGGUGUGAAGCCAGGGACAAUCGUACCGAUGUGCUUGGAGAAAUGCAGGUGGGCGACUGUUGCACAACUCGCAAUUAUGAAGGCCGGAGCUACGUUUAUGCCACUUGACCCGUCACACCCACACAGCCGCCGCCAAGCACUUGUCAAGGAAGUAGAUGCCUCCUUCAUGAUUGUGUCGCCUACCACAGCGUCAUCCUGCGCGCACAUGACGUCUGAAUCUGUCAAUCUCUCGGACUCAUUCAUGUCGAGACUACCUAGGCUGAUCAACCCUGCGAUGCGUCUUCCGAAGUGCAGCCCUCAAAGUGCAGCCUACGUCUUCUUUACGUCAGGCUCGACAGGCAAACCAAAGGGUGUCGUGCUCCAGCACUCUGCAGUGUGCUCUAGUAUCAAGGGACAUGGUACGGCAUACGGCCUUGGCCCUGAAUCGCGCGUCUUGCAGUUCUCCAACUACAUCUUCGACGGCAGUAUAGCUGAAAUCUUCACUCCUCUCGUAUUUGGCGGCACUAUUUGUGUCCCAUCUGACGCUGCCCGACUGGAAAACAUCACCGGCUUUGUUCAAAAGGCUCGAGUCAACGUUGCUAUGCUGACUCCGUCAUUUGCGAGAACCCUCCGGCCUGAAGAGACCCCUGGUAUUACAACAUUGGUCCUUGGUGGCGAAGCAAUGACGCAAGACAAUUUGGAAACCUGGUACGGACGUGUGAAACUCAUAAAUGCAUACGGUCCGACCGAAGUCUGCGUCGACGCUACCUCACACGUUUUCCAGUCUCCCGGAGAGUCAGCAUCGACUAUUGGCCGCAGCCAGAAUUCGACAUGUUGGAUCGCUGAUGCGGAGGACUACCAUCGCCUAGUCCCUGUUGGCUGCGUGGGUGAGCUUCUUGUGCAAGGCCCUACCCUGGCACGCGGCUACUUCAAUGACAUGGACAAGACGACAGCUUCGUUCAUUGAGGAUGUCAACUGGUUGCCCUCUUCCUUUUCUGGCGUGCCAAAGAGGUUCUACAAGACAGGAGAUUUGGUCAAGUACAACUACGACGGCACAAUCCACUACAUUGGGAGAAAGGACACGCAGGUCAAGACCCGUGGCCUUCGUAUCGAGCUCGGCGAGAUUGAGUACAACAUCAAAGCAGCCCUCUCCGCCGUUGAAAAUGUGGUGGUGGAUGUGAUUCGCCAGGAUUCAAGCGAUCUACUGGUCGCCUUCAUCAACUUCAACAACCUUGGUGAUGGAGGAGAUAAAAUCAAGAAACCAUUCGACCUUCGCACUUCAAUUCUCGAGCUGGAUCCGGCCAUGCAAAAAUCGCUUACUGCCAUAGCGGGGUAUCUCAAGGAUGCUCUUCCAAGCUACAUGGUUCCCGAUAUCUUCUUGGCUCUUGGAGACAUGCCAUUCAUUUCUUCGAUGAAGCUCGACCGGUCACUGUUGCGCCAGCAGGCUGUGGCCAUGCCCACAGAAGAGCUCUUGACAUACAAGGCUAGCCGACGAGCGGCAUUCCGCGAGCCUUCAACUGCGAUACAACGCAGCCUUCGUGGCCUAUGGUCAAGGGUUCUCUCGGUCCGUGAGGAUUCUAUCAGCAUUGACGACAACUUUUACUACCUUGGCGGUGAUUCUAUUCAACUCGUCACCCUAGCCAAGUUCAUUCACAAUGAGCACAACGUUGCACUGGGCCUGGGUCUUUUGAAUGAUAAGAAUUUGACCGUCAGCGGCCUAGCCGACUUCAUCGAAGACGCAGACGUCAGGGAGAGAGAACCCGAAAAGGUUGACCUGAUGGCUGAGCUAUCAACCAUCCUAGACACUACCUUAUCCAGGUGCUCAGAGGGCUUUGCCGCGGGUCGCCCUUCUGCACUUCCCCGACGGGCGAGCAUCUUCCUCACUGGAGCAACUGGAUACCUCGGUACAGAAAUUCUCAGGCAACUUUUGAACUUGCCGACCGUCGCCACCGUCGUCACUCUGGUACGCGCCACUUCUGCGCAACAGGGACUGGAGCGAAUCAAAAAGACAGCGCGCAUUGCCAAGUGGUGGGACAACAACAGAAAUCACGCUAAGCUCGAGGUCUGGACUGGUGACCUUUCGCUUGACCAGCUAGGUCUAAGUGACUCGAAUUUGGAACGGCUGUAUGGCGUAUCUAGUGGCAAGAAUAUUGAUGCCAUCAUUCACAACGGCGCAGUUGUUAACUGGAACGCCGACUACGCCAAGCUCCGCGCAGCGAAUGUCAACUCUACUGUCGACCUGAUCAAAGCAGCAGAAUCAUCCCCCAUCAAGCCUAGACUCGUCUACGUCUCCGGCGGUGCCAAGAUCGACAUCCACGCAGACAUGUCCGCUAACGCCACCAUGCUCGCGCAAAGCAACGGCUACAACCAGACCAAGUUCCUCUCAGAAGCCAUCAUUCACAAGAUUUCUUCAGAGCUUCCAGCAAAUCAGAAUCGCCUAUCAACCGUCAAGCCGGGCUUGAUCAUUGGCACUGUUGAGGAAGGAGUCGCCAACACGGACGACUUCAUGUGGCGAGUUGUCUCGGGUGCAGCACAAUUGCAAGCCUAUCCUCAAGAGCCAAGCAACCAUUGGUUGCAGAUUUCUGACGUACACACUGUUGCCGAAACCAUCAUCAGCCAUAUUCUCACCACCACCUCGGUCACGCCCUUUGUCGAGGUUGCUAAUCGCAUGCCGGUUGCUACUUUCUGGGACAGCGUAAACACCGGGCUAGAAACACCAUGCGAGCCAAUGCCUCUAGAAAAGUGGAUUCCUCUAGCACUUGAACAUGUGGAAAAGGUCGGAGACAGCCAUCCAUUGUGGCCAGUUCAACAUUUCCUCGGUCACUUGGGCGCGCCCCUUUCACCUACCGAAACAACGCCCCAACCAAAAGAGUUGCUGCCCCUACAACGUGCAGUUAGGAGCAACAUCAAAUACCUUGCGCAGAUUGGAUUCGUCCCAUCUUCGACUAGCCAGGCAGGAUUGCUAAAGACGGACCGCAUCCAACGUUCCACAAUGUCUUAAACACCAAGCAACGUGGCUAGUAACACCAGCCCUGUUACAACUUAGCUUUUCUUUAUAUUUUCUUUGUUUCAUCGGCGUAUUUUUUGGUCUUUUUGUCAUUCUCCUUACGAACACGUUUCAUUCUUAUCGAUUGGAAUUUGGGCUUGCACAUUUCACUGUCUUAGUAUUUUAUUGAAUUAUCUAG